AUGUUAUUGAGCCGUUCAACAUUUUGUAAUUUGCGACAUCCUGUGAUUUUUCAGAAAUUCACGUGCAAUGUGUGGAAUGUUGAAACCAAUGAGUAUUGCUACCGUACAUCACUGACAAAGGCAAAUCGUGAGAGAAAUCAUCGAGUACGAUUUGGUUGGAACGAAUCACUCACAUCGUCGAUCGACUACUGGAAUCAACGUGAUGCGUCGUUUGAUUGUUUUAUUGGCACCGAACUGUUAGCAACAAACGAUGAUGAAGCUAUCAAGAGGAUUACGAGGAUUAUGAAGCCAGAGGCAAAAUUCGUGCUUCUUGAGCCGGUCGAAAGUAUUGAUGAACCAUCCAUUAGAAAGGCAAGCCUUGAAGAAAUAAUUUUUGUUAUUGUUCUUAUCCAUUCUAAUAACAUUGAUCAAAGAUUAACGGUGGUUGUCGAAAAUGCACUGGGAGUGCUGCCGACAGCGGAACGGGCUUCUAUAACCGAAAUGAGCACCACACCAACUAGUCGAAUGGUUCUUUGA